CAUUUGGAUUUUGAAAAAAGUGCACAUAUUGUAAUCGAAGAAUCGUUUCCAACUGUACACAUUAUUGCAUGCCAAUUUCAUUUGGGUCAAAGCUGGUAUCGUAAAAUCCAAUCAAAUAAUUAUUUACUUAAUCAGUAUAAAAAUAAUACAGAAAUAGGGUUAUGGCUAAAAUAUUUUUUUGGUCUAGCAUUCUUACCACCUGAACAAGUUGAUGAUGGUUUUGUUGAGCUCAUUUCUAUAGCUCCUAUAGAUAACCAUACUUUUAGUGAUUAUAUUUUAGAACAUUAUAUUAAUAAAGAGUCUCAAUUUCCACCAAAUAUUUGGGCAGAAACUCCCGUAAAUAAUACUAGAACAACCAACGGACCCGAAGAUUUUCACAGGACGUACAAUGGUCAGUUUUAUAGCCCCCAUCCUCCAACACACGUAGUUAUAUCAGUUUUAAAAGAAACACAAGCUCAAACUUUGACAAUAAUUAAUUCUAUUAAAAACAAUGUACAUAAGCCUAUGGCCAAAAAAGAUAAACUUUUAAUUGAAUCAACUUUACAAAAUUAUAAUGAUUAUAAAGUACACAAAGAUCUAACUUUAUAUUUAAGAAAAACUGGAAAUUUCUACCAGGGAAAAAAUUUAAAAAAAAUGAACCCCAAGUAUGAAUCUUAA